GCCGGACUAUAUAAAGGAACGGAGCCAGUGUGCCAGACGGUUAUUGUGUAGGGAACACCACCCAAGAAGCAACGGUGGCCUCUGAGGGAUCCUACAAAUUACCAUCUACUUCGACAUUAUCCUACAGUAUAUGAAAGGAACAACAAUGAAGAACGCUCUACCCUUACUGGUAGCGGCAGUGGGCCUGCUGCAUGUGGCCCUUGCUGACUACCCAAAAGCCACCAAGGCCCCCACUCAGUCUGCCUAUGUCCCCGCAGUCAAGUAUGCAGGUCCCAUUGUCUACUCUGAUGAAAAGCCACCGAUCAUUCACUUCCCUCCACCUCCUAAGCCUACGGCCGGCGGCUACUCCAAAGGCGGCGGCGGCAGCAAGGCCCAUGCGGUGAAAUACGUUCCUCUGCCCCACCACGAACUUCCUGUGCUCAUUUACCAGUCGGACAGUUCUCCUCCAGUGCACGUUGUCCACACACCUGCGCCUGCUACGAAGGGACCUGCAUACGCACCGCCCCCUAAGGCACCUGCACCCAAACCUACUUACGGCCCACCGCCAAAGGCUCCCGCCCCUACAUACGGCCCACCUAAGGCCAAGGCCCCUAGACCAUCUUACGGCCCUCCACCCAAGGCUCCCAGGCCCAGCUAUGGCCCUCCACCAAAGGCACCCAGACCCACAUAUGGCCCUCCACCAAAGGCACCCAGACCCUCUUAUGGCCCUCCACCAAAGGCACCCAGACCUACAUAUGGCCCUCCACCAAAGGCUCCUAGGCCCACUUACGGUGCCCCACCCAAGGCCCCCACAACAUACGGCCCCCCACCCAAGGCACCAAGCCCUCAGUAUGGCGCUCCCGCUAACACUGGCCCAUCUCCCUCGUACGGUGCUCCUCCCAAGGCUCCUCCUAAGGCCCCCGCCCCUACCUAUGGUGCCCCGCCCAAGGCCCCUGCCCCUACAUAUGGUGCUCCUCCUAAGGCCCCCGCCCCUACCUAUGGUGCCCCUCCUAAGGCCCCUACUCCUACAUAUGGUGCUCCUCCCAAGGCUCCUCCUAAGGCCCCUGCCCCUACAUAUGGUGCUCCUCCUAAGGCUCCUGCCCCUACUUACGGUGCCCCGCCCAAAGCUCCUCCCAAGGCCCCUCUUCCUUCCUAUGGCGCCCCUCCCAAGGCAACCAAAGCUCCAUCAUACGCUCCUCCCCCACCAACAUACGGCCCACCCAAGCCCGCCCCUACCAAAGGGAACCCCGCCCCUCACAUCAUCUACGCUGGCCAUCCUCCCAUCCACGUGUACCAGCAGCCUCCCGUCUACCAGGUCACGAAGGCUCCCAAGGCUCAGUACGCUGCUCCCGCCGCCCCCAAGCCCAGCUAUGGACCUCCUCCCAAGGCCCCUGCUCCCACAUACGGACCCCCAAAAGCACCUCCUAAGGCCCCUGCACCCAGACCAAGCUACGGCCACUCCCAAGGCUCCUGCCCUUCUUAUGGCCCACCUCCUAAGGCUCCUGCACCUUCUUAUGGCCCACCUCCUAAGGCUCCUGCACCUUCUUAUGGCGCCCCUCCUAAGGCUCCUGCACCUUCUUAUGGCGCCCACCAAGGCUCCUACACUUCCUACGGACCCCCUCCUAAGGCUCCAAGACCAAGCUAUGGCCCCCCUCCUAAGGCUCCAAGACCAUCUUAUGGCCCCCCUCCCAAGGCUCCUAAGGCUCCAAGACCAACCUAUGGCCCCCCUCCCAAGGCCCCUAAGGCCCCAAGACCAACCUAUGGCGCCCCACCAAAAGCCCCCAAACCAACCUAUGGCGCUCCACCAAAGGCUCCUACCCCAACUUACGCCCCCCCUAAGCCCGCUGCCAAGCCCGAGCCUGUGUACGUCCCAGCACCAAAGGCAUACCAUAAGCCCCCAAUCAUCAUCUACCAGGGUGUGAGGCCUCCCGUGCACGUCUACCAGCAGCCUAGCAAGGGAUCAACUUCCGGAGGACACUCAGCACCAUCGGGUGGAUACGGCGCUCCUCAAGCGCCUCCCUCAGCCUAUGGCGCUCCAAAGGGAGAAGAUAUCAUCGCACAAAAGGGAUCAGAUUCCUACUCUGCUGGCAGCAUCCCCGUCCCCGCAGUUAAGGCCGCCCCUGCCGCAGCAUCAACCUCCAGUUAUGCUGCCAAAAGCAUUACCGUUGAUGAAGUAGAGAGUGACUGGGAACCUUCUGUUGGAUACUCCGCCUAUACAGACGCGUCACUUUCCGUAGAAGCCAGUCAGCCACAGAAAGCCGUGGAGAAAAAUGUAUCUGCUGAAGUGAGCGAGACCAAGGUGUCCACCUCCGUAUCCGUGUCAGCAUCUGCGUGAGCAGGACCUGGUUGAUCUUGACGCAUCUCUUGUGAUAUUUUCACAGCACACACUGUUAAGUAUUUAACUGUACUGUGUUGAUUUGGAAUCAUGAUUCAUCUGCGUUGUGUCAAGUGAUAUCACAUAAUGUUUAGAAGUAUUGCAUAAUACACUAUUGCAUCUCGCAACACCAUGCAAUGAAAGGAGGUAUUAAGCAAUGCUAUUCGGGGUGUCUAGGCACUGGUUAAUACUAUUUGAACACAUAUACUUCAUUGCAUAUGGUUUCAUGCAGUAUUUUGUAGUGCUAAGUGGUACUUUAGGUUAUUUAUUGUUAUGCUCAGCAAGGGCAUCGCCCUCUCCCAGGGUGUCUUGUGAUGUGUGUAAGAGCGAAUGUUGCAGCUCACAAACCCUCAUUUUGUGUGUGAACGGCUGCUGUUGUUAUUACUGUAUCUCUUCGUAAAUUAGCCAAGAUGUUUUCCGUACAAAUUCUUCAAAUUGCAAGCAUUUUUUCUUAGUUUUUGACAUUUUGACGUUGUUAUUUAUUAUUCUGUAUAUAGUUGGGUUGAUACCACAACUGACGGGCCUCAUCUCAUACAUGCUUUAACUUGUUAUAUUUAUUGCUCUGCGACCUGGCCCGAAAGGCUCUGAGAAAAAGAGUUUAGGGAAUUACACACUUGCAGUUACAUGUCUAAGGCCAGUACAGACAUUUCCAUAAACCCUAGCCUUCAUUCUUCAGGCCAGUAAUAAACUCAUUCAUCAUCUGAUGGUAACCACAUCAAUAUACUUCCAAAAAUGAUAGUUCAGAAAGACAGACGGCUUUAUAGGAACCAUUUUUUUUCUUCACUCAAACACUUACCCAGCGUAAACCAAAGCAAUCUGCUACAGCUGACCUCCCUUGUUCAUGCAAGGAAUGUUAGCUUAGCAGGUAUAAACAACAACCUCUUUCUCACAUCCCGAAGGAACUCUUCCCAACUCUAGGGCCACUGGUACUAAAGGGUUAUUAUUACCAGUAUCUGCAUCACGUCUGAAGAGUAUCAAGCAAUAUCCGUCGUAAUUCGGGCGUGACUAGCAGCAGCGGGUCGGACCAUAGUUCUCACCGUCACCGACAGGCGUUGUAUCAAUCCAUUCCCCGUCAGGUGGGGGUCCACACUACAUGGAGGCCGCUGGCGGAACCUCAAGUCUCGUGUAACAUAAGUAAUAUUUUUUAUGCCUCUGAAUAGGUAUUUUUUAAUAUUUAUGAUUUUGAUGACUAAUUAAAUGCUGUUCAAUAAAAA